AUGUGGACGUGGAGACGAGGGAGGGAGGAGGAGGAGUGGAAAGGGACGAGGAGGGAGGGAGAGGGUGGUUCAGAGAGAGGGUGGGAGGGGGAGGAGAGAGGUGGAUACAGAGAAGGGUGGAGGGAGGGAGGGAGGUAGGGAGGGAGGUGGUACAGGGAGAGGGAGGGAGGAAGGUGGUACAGGGAGAGGGAGGGAGGGAGGUAGGGAGGGAGGGAGGUGGUACAGGGAGAGGGAGGGAGGAAGGUGGUACAGGGAGAGGGAGGGAGGGAGGGAGGUAGGGAGGGAGGGAGGGAGGGGUAGGGCAGCUGCCUCUGGAUCAGAUCAGAGGGAUGCAAUUUAUGGUCCUUUGUGGCAGGGAGUGAGACAGGCUGAGAGGGAAUCUCUCUGAGCGGGAGAGACGGGGGAGAAAAAGGGGGAGACGGAGGAGAGCUGGAGGAGAGGAGAGCAUGUCUGUCUGCUGCAGUUAGAUCAUCUGAAACAGGGUCAUGCUAUCCCAGCCUGUCAGAGAGACUUUACUCCCAACUCUUUACCCUUUAACUCUCCUCCAACAGUUACUGUGUUAGUCUAACCAGCAGAACAGAACCCCACAGGGUUGUUUAUGUGAGCUGUAUAUGUUAGGGACGUAACAUUGGAAGAAAUAUCAGUCUGAUGUUUUUAAUGGCUAGUUUUGUAACUUUGCGUCGUCUGCAUUAUUCGUGGAUCGUCAUCGAUCUGGAAAGAAAGAACCUGGGUUGACAGGAGUUAUUUGAAGUCCUCUGCACAGUGCUCAGUGUGUGGUUUCCUCUCUCCUCCUGUCUGUCCCAUUGUUGACCUGGUCCUGCCUGAGCAGCCUUUGACUUUGUAACAUUGACACUUUGACAUAACGGAGUCUGAUGUUUCAUCUGAAAAGAAAGAUUGUGAUUGUUGACUUAUUUAAAGUAGACUACUCUGAUCAGUGUGUUGUUUCUGUCUGCCCUUCCUCUCCUCACCCAUCCCUCUUCUCUCCUGUCCUAUAGUUGAGCUGGUCCUCCUCUUCUCUCCUGUCCUAUAGUUGACCUGAUCCUCCUCUUCUCUCCUGUCCUAUAGUUGACCUGAUCCUCUUCUCUCCUGUCCUAUAGUUGACCUGGUCCACCUCCUCUUUCCUGUCCUAUAGUUGACCUGGUCCUCUUCUUUUCUCCUGUCCUAUAGUUGACCUGGUCCUCUUCUCUCCUGUCCUAUAGUUGACCUGGUCCUCUUCUCUCCUGUCCUAUAGUUGACCUGGUCCUCUUCUCUCCUGUCCUAUAGUUGACCUGGUCCUCUUCUUCUAUCCUGUCCUAUAGUUGACCUGGUCCUCUUCUCUCCUGUCCUAUAGUUGACCUGGUCCUCUUUUUCUCCUGUCCUAUAGUUGACCUGGUCCUCUUCUCCUGUCCUUUAUAGACCUCCUAUAGUUGACCUGGUCCUCUUCUCUCCUGUCCUAUAGUUGACCUGGUCCUCUUCUCUCCUGUCCUAUAGUUGACCUGAUCCUCUUCUCUCCUGUCCUAUAGUGACCUGGUCCCUCUCUUCCUGUCCUAUAGUUGACCUGGUCCUCUUCUUUUUCCUGUCCUAUAGUUGACCUGGUUCUCUUCUCUCCUGUCCUAUAGUUGACCUGGUCCCUCUCUUUAUUUCUCUCCUGUCCUAUAGUUGACCUGGUCCUCUUCUCUCCUGUCCUUUAGUUGACCUGGUCCUCUUCUCUCCUGUCCUAUAGUUGACCUGGUCCUCUUCUCUCCUGUCCUAUAGUUGACCUGGUCCUCUCUUCUCUCCUGUCCUAUAGUUGACCUGGUCCUCUUCUUCCUGUCCUAUAGUUGACCUGUGUUCCCUUCUUCUCUCCUGUCCUAUAGUUGACCUGGUCCUCUUCUCUUCUGUCCUAUAGUUGACCUGGUCCUCUUCUCUCCUGUCCUAUAGUUGACCUGGUCCUCUUUCUCCUGUCCUAUAGUUGACCUGGUCCUCUUCUCUCCUGUCCUAUAGUUGACCUGGUCUCUUCUCUCCUGUCUAUAGUUGACCUGGUCCUCUUCUCUCCUGUCCUAUAGUUGACCUGGUCCUCUUCUCUCCUGUCCUAUAGUUGACCUGGUCCUCUUCUCUCCUGUCCUAUAGUUGACCUGGUCCUCUUCUCUCCUGUCCUAUAGUUGACCUGGUCCUCUUCUCUCCUGUCCUAUAGUUGACCUGGUCCUCUUCUCUCCUGAUCCUAUAGUUGACCUGGUCCACUUCUCUCCUGUCCUAUAGUUGACCUGGUCCUCUUCUCUCCUGUCCUAUAGUUGACCUGGUCCUCUUCUCUCCUGUCCUAUAGUUGACCUGGUUCUCUUCUCUCCUGUCAUAUAGUUGACCUGGUCCUCUUCUCUCCUGUCCUUUAGUUGACCUGGUCCUCUUCUCUCCUGUCCUAUAGUUGACCUGGUCAUCUUCUCUCCUGUCCUAUAGUUGACCUGAUCCUCUUCUCUCCUGUCCUAUAGUUGACCUGGUCCUCUUCUCUCCUGUCCUAUAGUUGACCUGGUCCCUCUUCUUCCUGUCCUAUAGUUGACCUGGUCCUCUUCUCUCUCCUGUCCUAUAGUUGACCUGGUCCUCUUUUCUCCUUCCUAUAGUUGACCUGGUCCUCUUUUCUCCUGUCCAUAUAGUUGACCUGAGUUACCUCUUCUCUCCUGUCCUAUAGUUGACCUGGUCCUCUCUCUCUCCUGUCCUAUAGUUGACCUGGUCCUCUUCUCUCCUGUCCUAUAGUUGACCUGGUCCUCUUCCUUCCUAUUGACCUGUCCUCUCUUAUCGUCUAUAGUUGACCUGGUCUCCUUUUCUGUCCUAGUUACUGGUCUCCUCUCCUGUCCAUGUUGACCUGGUCCUCUUCUCUCCUGUCCUAUAGUUGACCUGGUCCUCUUCUCUCCUGUCCUAUAGUUGACCUGGUCCUCUCUUCUCUCCUGUCCUAUAGUUGACCUGGUCCUCUUCUCUCCUGUCCUAUAGUUGACCUGGUCCUCUUCUCUCCUGUCCUAUAGUUGACCUGGUCCUCUUCUCUCCUGUCCUAUAGUUGACCUGGUCCUCUUCUCUCCUGUCCUAUAGUUGACCUGGUCCACCUCCUCUUUCCUGUCCUAUAGUUGACCUGGUCCUCUUCUCUCCUGUCCUAUAGUUGACCUGGUCCUCUUCUCUCCUGUCCUAUAGUUGACCUGGUCCUCUUCUCUCCUGUCCUAUAGUUGACCUGGCUCCUUCGUUUCUCCUGUCCUAUAGUUGACCUGGUCCUCUUCUCUCCUGUCCUAUAGUUGACCUGGUCCUCUUCUCUCCUGUCCUAUAGUUGACCUGGUCCUCUUCUCUCCUGUCCUAUAGUUGACCUGGUCCUCUUCUUUCUCCUGUCCUAUAGUUGACCUGGUCCUCUUCUUUUCUCCUGUCCUAUAGUUGGACCUGGUCCUAUUUUCUCUCCUGUCCUAUAGUUGACCUGGUCCUCUUCUCUCCUGUCCUAUAGUUGACCUGGUCUCUUCUCUCCUGUCCUAUAGUUGACCUGGAUCCUCUUUCCUGUCCUAUAGUUGACCUGGUCCUCUUCUUUCCUGUCCUAUAGUUGACCUGGUCCUUCUCUCCUGUCCUAUAGUUGACCUGGUCCUCUUCUCUCCUGUCCUAUAGUUGACCUGGUCCCUCUCUUCCUGUCCUAUAGUUGACCUGGUCCUCUUCUCUCCUGUCCUAUAGUUGACCUGGUCCUCUUUCUCCUGUCCUAUAGUUGACCUGGUCCUCUUCUCUCCUGUCCUAUAGUUGACCUGGUCCUCUUCUCUCCUGUCCUAUAGUUGACCUGGUCCUCUUCUUUUCUCCUGUCCUAUAGUUGACCUGGUCCUCUUCUCUCCUGUCCUAUAGUUGACCUGGUCCUCUUCUCUCCUGUCCUAUAGUUACCUGGUCCUCUUCUCUCCUGUCCUAUUGACAUGUCUUUUUCUGCAUAGUGACCUGGUCCUCUCUCUCCUGUCCUAUAGUUGACCUGGUCCUCUUCUUCUCUCCUGUCCUAUAGUUGACCUGGUCCUCUUCUCUCUGUCCUAUAGUUGACCUGGUCCACUCCUCUUUCCUGUCCUAUAGUUGACCUGGUCCUCUUCUUCUCCUGUCCUAUAGUUGACCUGGUCCUUUCUCUCCUGUCCUAUAGUUGACCUGGUCUCUUCUCUCCUGUCCUAUAGUUGACCUGGUCCAUCUCUCUUCCUGUCCUAUAGUUGACCUGGUCUCUUCUCUCCUGUCCUAUAGUUGACCUGGUCCCUUCCUCUGUCUAAUGACCUGUCCUCCUCAUAGUUGACCUGGUCCUCUUUUUUCUCCUGUCCUAUAGUUGACCUGGUCCCUGCUUCUUUGCCAGCUCCUCAUAGACCAUGGCCUUCCUCAUGUUAUGUUGACCAGGUCAUUCUCCUGUCUUUGAUCUGUCUGCUUACGCUUGCUUAGGAUGUCAUUUCUUCCUCCUGUCAUGUGAAAACCUGGUCUUUUCUCUCUAUAUGUGCUGUGAUUCUCUGUAUCCUAUAUGUUCUCCACAUCUCGUUCUCACGGUCCAGGUAUGGAUAGUGACAUGGUCCUUUCACGCCUUGUUUUUUUUUUCUCAGAUGUCAUGGAUGCUUUCCUGUCUAGUUGACCUGGUCCUCGUCUUCUCCGUCCUAUAGUUGACCUGGUCCUUUUUCUCCUGUCCUAUAGUUGACCUGGUCCUUUCUUCCUGUCCUAUAGUUGACCUGGUCACUCUCUCUUUCCCGUCCUAUAGUUGACCUGGUCUCCUUCUUCUCUCCUGUCCUAUAGUUGACCUGGUCCUCUCCUUCCUGUCCUAUAGUUGACCUGGUCCCUUCUUUCUCCUGUCCUAUAGUUGACCUGGUCUCCUUCUUCUCUGUCCUAUAGUUGACCUGGUCUUCUUUUCUCCUGUCCUAUAGUUGAACCUGGUCCAUUCUUCCUGUCCUAUAGUUGACCUGGUCCUCUUCUCUCCUGUCCACAUCGACAUCACACGCUGGCACGACGGACUCUUUGAAGAGAUGGAGAGUCUGGUGAAGGAUAAAGGUGUUGUUUGAGGAAGUUCAAAAUCUAUCUGUGUCUGUCUUCAAAUAUCUAUCUGUCUGACACAAAACCACCCAAUUUUACUCUUAAGUCAUCCCCUACCAUAUAACUACUAGAUGAGUAUCUGAGAUGGUAUUAGCUUGUGUAAAAAUAAUUGUCAAAGGUGUCAUGUCCAGUUGUUAAUAGUGUUGUGGUAAUGUAUCUGAUACACUGCUGUUAGGAGAAUCCAGUGUUGUAGUUUUCCUUUGAAUCCCCCAUGGGUCUCAUGAAGUACUGCAUCUCUGCUACUCUACCUCCCUCAUGUCCAUGGAGCGAGCACGAGCACAUGCACGCACGCACGCACACGCACACACACGCACACACACACACGCACACACACACUCACACACACACACACACACACACAUAUACACCUGUGUCCAUGCAGCUAGAGGAUUACUGCAGGCGACAACACAACACUAGGGACACAUACUGUACACGGGAUGAUGCUGACACUCACUAAUCCACACAGACAGCAAGGCAGCCCACCAACUCCCUCUUACCCAGCUGAGCUCAGACACUCACACACUCACACACACACACACACACACACACACACACUCACACACACACACACACUCACACACACACACACACACACACACACACACCACACACACAACCACAUGCACACACAGGCGCGCACACACACAGACACACAGACACAGACACACAGACACACACACACAUCUGCACAAUUCCUUGAAAUCGUUUGAAAUGUGUUAUGUUUGAAUUUUUCCAGGAGUCAAUUCCUUCUUGAUCUUCAUGGCUUACAAGGACAAAUUCCAGAGCUCAGAUAGUCAAGUAAGUUUUAUUUCUUCAAACAAUUAAUUCACACGUCUGUCAAAUGUAACGUAAACAAUAACCUUGGGUGUUUCUCAAUAUGCAUACUACCGUGCUCCACACCCUCAUGCUCCAAGUGUAUUCUCAUAGUAGGGGGAGUGUGAGUGCUUCUCCGUAUGUAAUGUUUUAUGCGUUCUCCACAGUCUCGUCCUCACAAGAACGUACUCCAGAGAAUUCACUUGGAGCAUGUGAGUGUGGAGCACAUUGGUAGUCGGCAUAUUGAGAAACAGCCCUUGUUUUUAUCUAUUUCCCAUGCCAGAUGUAUGAGAUGUUUGGUAUCAUUAGAGACCUGGGUGCCAUCGCUCAGGUUCACGCUGAGAACGGAGACAUCAUUGACGAGGUAGGCUACUGUACUGUUGACUUGAAAGACUUCAGUAUUUUACUGCUGGCCUUUGACAGUGACUGGGCAUAUCUCUCCUGGGAAAAGGACAUUGUUGAUUGCACCAUGUGAAGUGUAGUUUCCAUCUUUCCCCUUCUAUCUAUAUAGGAGCAGAAUAAACUGCCGUCUUUGAUUGCACCAUGUGAAGUGUAGUUUCCAUCUUUCCCCUUCUAUCUAUAUAGGAGCAGAAUAAACUGCCGUCUUUGAUUGCACCAUGUGAAGUGUAGUUUACAUCUUUCCCCUUCUAUCUAUAUAGGAGCAGAAUAAACUGCCAUCUUUGAUUGCACCAUGUGAAGUGUAGUUUACAUCUUUCCCCUUCUAGGAGCAGAAUAAACUGCCGUCUUUGAUUGCACCAUGUGAAGUGUAGUUUCCAUCUUUCACCUUCUAUCUAUAUAGGAGCAGAAUAAACUGCCGUCUUUGAUUGCACCAUGUGAAGUGUAGUUUACAUCUUUCUCCUUCUAUCUAUAUAGGAGCAGAAUAAACUGCCGUCUUUGAUUGCACCAUGUGAAGUGUAGUUUACAUCUUUCCCCUUCUAGGAGCAGAAUAAACUGCCGUCUUUGAUUGCACCAUGUGAAGUGUAGUUUCCAUCUUUCACCUUCUAUCUAUAUAGGAGCAGAAUAAACUGCCGUCUUUGAUUGCACAAUGUGAAGUGUAGUUUCCAUCUUUCCCCUUCUAUCUAUAUAGGAGCAGAAUAAACUGCCGUCUUUGAUUGCACCAUGUGAAGUGUAGUUUCCAUCUUUCCCCUUCUAUCUAUAUAGGAGCAGAAUAAACUGCCGUCUUUGAUUGCACCAUGUGAAGUGUAGUUUCCAUCUUUCCCCUUCUAUCUAUAUAGGAGCAGAAUAAACUGCCAUCUUUGAUUGCAGCAUGUGAAGUGUAGUUUCUAUCUUUCCCCUUCUAUCUAUAUAGGAGCAGAAUAAACUGCCAUCUUUGAUUGCAGCAUGUGAAGUGUAGUUUCCAUCUUUCCCCUUCUAUCUAUAUAGGAGCAAAAGCGACUACUGGAGCUGGGGAUCACUGGGCCUGAGGGACAUGUGCUGUGUCACCCAGAGGAGGUAGGGACUUUCCUGUCUCUGUGUGAACAAUAGCCUAAUUUACAUUAUCACAGUACAGUCUCUUGUUAUGAGCCAGUGCUACUGCUAGUGCCAGAGGGGUUUGAAACCAGGAGACUAAACAUGUGAUUGCUUCUUGCAAAUACCUUCUGGAGGAAUUUUCCACUCUCCCAUUGACGCAAUAAUGGAAAUGAGACUGAACAUUGUAAUCUCAAUCAAUCAAAUGUAUUUUUAUAAAGACCUUUUUACAUCAGCAGUUGUCACAAAGUGUUAAAACCCCAAAGAGCAAGCAAUGUCGAUGUAGAAGCACAGUGGCUAGGAAAAACUCUGUAGAAAGGCAGGAACCUAUAGGAAGAAACCUAGAGAGGAACCAGGCUCCGAGGAGUGGGCCAGUCCUCUUCUGGCUGUGCCGGGUGAAUAUUGACUUUACCAUAGACCACCUACUUUAGGAGAUUCAAAGUCAUGGUCUGAGUGUUACCGAAGUGAUUUGUGGUAAUCACUAGUUACCACAGCCACAAAGUCAUACACCUAUUUCUACCAUUUAUCUUCUUAAAAUCUGAUUUUAAACCUAACCCUACACUCUUAGAAAAAAAGGUGAUAUCUAGAACAUAAAAGGGUUCUUCGGCUGUCCCCAUAGGAGAACCCUUUGAAUAACUAUUUUUGGUUCCAGGUAUAACCCUUUUGGUUCCAGGUAUAACCCUUUUCGGUUCCAUGUAGAACCCUUUCCACAGAGGGUUCUACAUGGAACCCAAAAGAGUUCUACCUGGAACCAAAAAGCGUUCUACCUCGAAUCAAAAAGUGUUCUCCUAUGGAGACAGCCGAAUAACCCUUUUGGAAGCAUUUUUUCUUUUGGAACCAUUUUUUACCUUACCAAUUUUGAUUUUGUGGCUGUGGUAAUUAGUGGAAAUCGUGAUUUGUUGGUUGAGGUGUUACAGUAAGGUGUUUCAUUUGUGACCACUAGGUGGAGACAGAGGCGGUGUACAGGGCCAUCACCAUCGCCAAGCAGGCCAACUGUCCUCUCUACAUCACCAAGGUGAUGAGCAAGUCAGCUGCUGAUGUCAUCGCCAAGGCCCGGAAGAAGGGUGAGACUGGGUUUAAAAUGCUUCAAUAAUAACUUUAUUUGUAUCCAUUUGGAAAUGAUGUUAUACAUUCGUUGUUAACUUUGAUGGCUAAACACAUGUUGUUGUUGACCUGGCAAAAGACGUCUGAAAAACGGAUACUUCUUGUACAAACGCCUUGUCUUUUUUUUGAUUGGAUGAUUUUCAGGCAUGGUGGUUUAUGGCGAGCCAAUCACAGCCAGCCUUGGGACAGACGGAUCACACUAUUGGAGUAAGAACUGGGCUAAGGCUGCAGCGUUCGUCAUGUCCCCACCCCUCAGCCCAGACCCCAGCACCCCUGACUACCUCAACUCCCUGCUUUCCUGGUGAGAACACAUAGGCUGUGUUUACACAGGCAGCCCCAUUCUGAUCUUUCCCAUUUAUUGGCAAAAGAUCUGAUUUGAUUGGUCAAAAAUACAAUUGGGCUGCCCUCUGUAAAUGCAGCCAUAGAGACACAGACACUAAAGACAGAACAUUUCUGAAUUAUAGCUGAAUUACUUUGUCUGCAUCUAGUACAGACUUCAAAGCUCUCACAAACACUGUUCAAAGCUCUCACAGACACUGUUCAAAGCUCUCACAAACACUGUUCAAAGCUCUCACAGACACUGUUCAAAGCUCUCACAAACACUGUUCAAAGCUCUCACAAACACUGUUCACAGCUCUCACAGACACUGUUCACAGCUCUCACAGACACUGUUCACAGCUCUCACAGACACUGUUCACAGCUCUCACAGACACUGUUCAACAAAGAAAAAGUGGAAUCACCCUAAAACCACCAGAAGGCAGAUUAUUAAUUAAUUAAUCAUCUUCUGUGCGCUCAGUCAUCCCUGAUGGUGACUCACUGUGCUGUUCUCUUAGUCAUCCCUGAUGGUGACUCACUGUGCUGUUCUCUUAGUCAUCCCUGAUGGUGACUCACUGUGCUGUUCUCUUAGUCAUCCCUGAUGGUGACUCACUGUGCUGUUCUCUUAGUCAUCCCUGAUGGUGACUCACUGUGCUGUUCUCUCAGUCAUCCCUGAUGGUGACUCACUGUGUGUUCUCUAGUCAUCCCUGAUGGUGACUCACUGUGUGUUUACUGUCCGUUCUCUGGUCCAGUGGUCGAUUCCUGUGCUGGCACGGUCUGACUGUCCUGUUCUCUUGGCAGUGCAUGUCCUCUUGUCAGGUGCUCUGACGUGUCUGUUCUCUUGGUCCCACGGUGGUCGACUGUCUGUUCUCUUGGUCCACGUGGUGACGUCCUGUUUCUUGGUCACGGUGGUCUGACUGUCCUGUUCUCUUGGUCCACAGUGGUCUGAUUCCUUGUCUCCUGUGGUCCACGUGGUCUGACUGUCCUGUCCUGUCCCAGUGGUCUCACUGUCUGUUCUCUUGGUCCACGUGGUCUGACUGUCUGUUCUCUUAGUCACACGUGGUCUGACUGUGCUGUUCUCUUGUCCACCGGUGGUCUCACUGUCCUGUUCUCUUGGUCCACGUGGUCUGACUGUCUGUUCUCUUGGUCCAGGUGGUCUGACUGUCCUGUUCUCUUGGUCCACGUUGUCUGACUGUCCUGUCUCUUGGUCACGGUGGUCUGACGGUCCUGUUUUCUCUUGGUCCACGUGGUCUGACGGUCCUGUUCUCUUGGUCCCAGUGGUCUGACUGUCCGUUUCUCUGGUCCAGCGGUGUCUGCACUGUCCUGUUCUCUUGGUUCCACAUGGGUCUGACUGUCCUGUUCUCUGUUGGUCACGGUGGUCCUGACUGUCCUGUUCUCUUGGUACCACGGUGGUUGAACUGUCCUGUUCUUCUUCUCUUGGUCCACAGUGGGUCCUGACUGUCCUGUUUCUGCUUGGUCCACGUGGGUCUGACUGUCCUGUUCUCUUGGUCCACCGGGUGGUCUGACUGUCCCGGUUCUCUUGGUCCACGGUGGUUCACUUCCUGUUCUUCUUGGGUCCACGUUGGUCUGACUGUCCUGUUCCUUGGUCCACAGUGGUCUGAGUAUCCUGUUCUCUUUUAGUCGCCGGUGGUCUGACUGUCCGUUCUCUUGGUCCACGUGGGUCUGACUGUCCUGUUCUCUUGUUCCAACGGAGUCUGAACGGUCCUGUUCUCUUGGUCCACAGUGGUCUGACUGUCCUGUUCUCUUGGUCCACGGUGGUCUGACUGUCCUGUUCUUGGUCCACGUGGUGACUGUCCUGUUCUCUUGGUCCACAGUGGUCUGACUGUCCUGUUCUCUUGGUCCACGGUGGUCUGACUGUCCUGUUCUCUUGGUCCACGGUGGUCUGACUGUCCUGUUCUCUUGGUCCACAGUGGUCUGACUGUCCUGUUCUCUUGGUCCACGGUGGUCUGACUGUCCUGUUCUCUUGGUCCACGGUGGUCUGACUGUCCUGUUCUCUUGGUCCACAGUGGAGACCUUCAGGUGACGGCCAGUGGCCACAGCACCUUCUCGACGGCCCAGAAGGCUGUUGGGAAAGACAACUUCACCCUCAUCCCUGAGGGAACUAACGGCAUCGAGGAGAGGCUGGCCAUUGUCUGGGAGAAGGCUGUGGUAUGUUAUCUGUUGUUGUUUCUUUUUUAAAGGUUUAUAUCUUGGCAUUGUACGCUUUACAGUGGGAAAGACGGAUAAAGAGUUUUUGCAGUUGGCCAGAUUCAAACUCAUACUGCAGAGAUAUAUGUGAUUUGGAGGCAGCAGUUUAGACCGCUAGACCACCGUAGGACACAUCUGUUGUUGCUUCUUCUUCUUCUUCUUCUUCUUCUUCUUCUUCUUCUUCUUCUUCUUCUUCUUCUUCUUCUUCUUCUUCUUCUUCUACUUCUUCUUCUACUUCUUCUUCUUCUUCUUCUUCUUCUUCUUCACUGGUUCUCACAAUGAUACGAAAGGUCUUUAACAGUAACGUCUUUGCAUUAUUGUUUAAAAGACAGCUCUUUCCUGAUUGUGAAGAUUAUGUUUUCUUCUGUAUUCCCCAGGCUACAGGCAAGAUGGAUGAGAAUGAGUUUGUUGCGGUGACGAGCACCAACGCUGCCAAGCUGUUCAACCUGUAUCCUCGUAAAGGAAGGAUCGCUGUGGGGUCAGACGCAGACAUCGUGAUCUGGAACCCCAAGGAGACCAAGACCAUCUCAGCCACGACCCACGCACUGGUACACACACACACACACACACACACACACACACACACACACACACACACACACACACACACACACACACACACACAUAUACUGGUAUGACCUUCCUACUCUCUUUCACAGUCAACCUCCAGACAUAAUUCAGACAACCCUCUCCAAUCUGUCUGUCUGUCUAUCUGUUGGGUGUGAUGAUAUAACGUUUGAGCUGGAGGAAGGACCUGUCCUUGUCCUUCUGUGUGUUUCAGAUAUAAUGUUAUAACUCAGGGAGGGGUUAUGUCCGUCUGUCUGUAAGGGUGGGAUGAUGAUGAUAUCAUGUCUGAGCUGGAUGUUCAUUAUACUGUCCUUGUGUGUGUUUCCAGACAGUGGAGAUGAACAUCUUUGAGGGCAUGGAGGUGCGUGGAGCCCCGGUGGUGGUGAUCAGCCAGGGGAAGAUCGUCCUGGAGGGGGGCAAGCUGAACGUCACCGAGGGCUCUGGACGCUUCGUACCCAGGAAGUCCUUCCCUGACUACGUCUACAAGAGGAUCAAAGCACGCAGCAGGGUAAGAGAAGAGAGGUGAAGGCUAACCAGGGUAAGAGCUAGGGGCUAAGGGUUAGCAGGGUAAGAGAAGAGAGGUGAAGGCUAACCAGGGUAAGAGUCAGGAGCUAAGGGCUAGCAGGGUAAGAGAAGAGAGGUGAAGGCUAACCAGGGUAAGAGCUAGGAGCUAAGGGCUAGUAGGGUAAGAGAAGAGAGGUGAAGGCUAACCAGGUUAAGAGCUAGGAGCUAAGGGAUAGCAGGGUAAGAGAAGAGAGGUGAAGGCUAACCAGGGUAAGAGUUAAGGGGCUAACAACCAGCAGGAUAAGAGAAGAGAGGUGAAGGCUAACCAGGGUAAGAGCUAGGAGCUAAGGGCUAGCAGGGUAAAAGUUAGGGGCUAAGGACUAGCAGGGUAAGAGCUAGUGGCUAAGGGCUAGCAGGGUAGGAGCUAGGGGCUAAGGGCUAGCAGGGUAAGAGCUAGUGGCUAAGGGCUAGCAGGGUAAAAGUUAGGGGCUAAGGGCUAGCAGGGUAAGAGCUAGUGGCUAAUGCUAGCAGGGUAAGAGCUAGGGGCUAAUGCUUGCAGGGUAAAAGCACAGCAGGGUAAAAGGUUAUGAGGAAACUGACAUACAGUCCCAACAAAAAAGAGGAGCAUGUGGGAUACAUUACAGAAGCAGGGUAAGAGCUAGUAGCUAAUGGAUAACAAAAAAAAUAAAAUAGAUUGGAUUUAUGUAGCGCCUUUCUACCUACUGAGGUACUCAAAGAGCUUUACAUAGUAAGGGAGAUCUCACCUCAUCCACCACCAAUGUGUGGUAUCCACUUGGGUAAUGCACACAACCAUUUUGUGCCAAAAGGUUUACCACUCAUCAGCUAGCAUGGCGUAGAGCUGAGGAGUGAUAUAUCCCAAUUAGGAAUGAGGGGGAUGAUUAGGUGGCCAUGAUGGAAUGGGGCCAGCUUGGGAAUUGAAUGACCUAAUGAGGAGAAAGAUGUUCUGUCCAAAAAGAGGAGCAGCAGGGGUGUUAAAUGUCCUUGUCAUUAUCGUGUUGCAGAUCUCACUUGAAGCAAGAGGGACAUUUCAUUGUCAGACGCAAACUUGACCAAAUGUGGCUUAAAGCUUUUGCCACCAUUCAGUUGUAUAAUUUCUCAAAGCCUGCAGCAGAGUAAGAGAUCAAAGCAGAGAACCAGUGAAGGGUAAGAGCUGAGAGCUAAACAGGAACAAGAACAAUCCGUCCCUAAAUGGCCCUGUCAUUAUCCUGUUGCAGAAGUCACUUGAAGCGAGAGGUACAUUUUACAGACAGAGGCCAUAAACUCUACCACAUUAGGUUUAAAAUAAACAGUGCUUUUGAAGUGCAUAUGCAACUUUGAGAAAAUUUGAAAUGACAACAGCAACAGCCCGCAGCAAGUUAAGGGCUAAGGGCUAACGGCUAAGGGCUAACGGCUAAGGGCUAACGGCUAAGGGCUAACAGCUAAGGGCUAAGGGCUAAUGGCUAAGGGCUAACGGCCAACGGCUAAGGGCUAACAGCUAAGGGCUAAUGGCUACGCAGGGUAAGAGUUAAGAGUGUAAUAGAGAGUGUAAGAGUGCAAUAGUAUAAAAGUCCAUCCCAUCUUGUGCUUUGCCAAAUGUAGCAUAACUCUCUUCCCACCCUUUACUUACUGUAUAUUAUACAGUAAAUAACUUUUUAACAUUUAAAGUGACCAGAAGGCUACAUUAUCCUUUACAUGACAUUCUCUCCAGGUGGCUGAUGAACUACAUUAUCCUUUACAUGACAUUCUCUCCAGAUGGCUGAUGAACCACAUUAUCCUUUACAUGACAUUCUCUCCAGAUGGCUGAUGAACCACAUGAUCCUUUACAUGACAUUCUCUCCAGGUGGCUGAUGAUCUACAUGAUCCUUUACAUGACAUUCUCCUCCCUCUCCAGAUGGCUGAUGCCCGUGGCGUCCCCCGAGGGAACUAUGAUGGACCGGUCCAUGAUGUCAUCAGCAUGACUAAGUCAGUGCCGGCCACUCCCUCCAGCAGGGGGCCCCAGUGCCCAGGGAAGGGCCCCCUCGGCCCCGCCAGGAACCUGCACCAGUCUGGUUUCACCCUAUCCGGUAUGGGUAAGCUUCAUCUACUCUUUACUGGGUGUGGAUGUUUCUCCUCACUUUUUUUUAUGUAACCUUUAUUUAUACAGGGUUAUUCUCAUUAAGAUCAAAUCUCUUUCACUCUUUGGAAGUACCAGACAGGAAACUGCACGUAUCCUUUUGUCUUGAUGUUGUAGCAGAAGGCAGGGUUGUGUCUUAGUUAUACUGCCUUACCCCUAUCAGAACCAAAAUGUACUCAACUGUUUGUAACGGGUCUUUGUUCUUGUUCUCCGAUACAGGAACUCAGAUUGACGACCACAUCCCACGGCGCUCAGCACAGAGGAUCGUGGCGCCACCCGGUGGCCGCUCCAAUAUCACCUCCCUGUCGUGAACCGGGAGCUCCUUGCUCCG